AUGCCAAACCAACCUUACCGCGAGCUGGCCCAGAGGGCCGAUGGCCCCUACCGCCAGCUGCCCAUCGAGCAGCUUGUUGACACGCGCCUGUGUGUCAGCUCCCUCACCCCGCAGCAGUGUCGCGAGGUGAUGAUGCAGCUCGAUGACCGUCAGAUCAAGAACGCCGUCUACGACCGCACCCUGUGCUUCCCACACGACCAGUGGACCCAGAACAUCCGGGCCAUAUACGGGCAGCAGGUCGAGCACGACACCGAGGUUGUGACUUCGUUUGAGAACAUGACUGCGCACAUGGAGGCGUUGUUUGCCACCUGGAACAACGUUGUGGCCUUCCAACCCGAGGACCUCGACAACUUCGAUGCGCACGUCAAGAGCUACCUCUGCCCGUCAAUUGACAACAUUGGCGUCUACGGCACAUACUCCAGACACAACGCCACCAAGGUCAAUGCCCUGUCCUCCCUGCUCCAGAUCGGUCAGCUCAUCGUCGCCAUCCCCCUCCUCACUUCCCAGCGGGGCGUGGCCAUGUUUGAGUACGAUGCGUUGAGCCGUGCUGUCGGAAACGUCCUGUGCAGCGCACCCAACGACGCCAUCCGCAAACAGAUCUUCAGCCCUGAGGUGGAGGCCGGGUAUCUGAAGCUCGUCGAGAAGGCUAACGAGUCGGGCAUCUUCUCCGGCCUCCAUCAGGCCUUGGCCCCAGGUGCUCAGGUCUACGCUUACACCGUGCCCCGCGGUGACCUGCUGAUCCCCUAUCGCGGCCAGCAGCCCGCCUUCUCUCAGCCCGCUUUGUCUCAGCCUGCCAGUGCCCCGAAGGCCAAGAAGCGCAAGGUGUCAGCGGGCAGCAAGGCCUCGGCGUCCCCGGGCACCCCGAACAACCCGUUCUCCAGGCCCUCGAGCGCAGGCGCAGGCCCUAUCGGCAUGCCGCCUUUCGCUCAGGCCGCCUACUCGAAUGCUGCCGCGACCCAGACCGGGGGAGUGCAAGUUAAGCAAGAGCAGCCCCAGCAGGUGGAGCAGCAGCCACAGCAGGUGGAGGAGCAGCCUCAGCAGGUAGUGGUUCAACCCCAGCAGGUGGAGGGUCAGGCCCAGCCAGGCGAGGAAGGAGGAGCCAAGCAAGGACAGGAACCCAAGGCGGUGCCCACGCCGCUGGAUGAGAUGUUGCGCUCCAUCGAGGACGCGAUAUUCCACGCGCAGCCCGGCGAGGAACCCGAGGAGCAGCUGAAGAGGGCCCCGGGCGUCACCGCGCUCAUCAACCGCACGGCCACCACCAUCCUUAAGCAGUUCCAGGCCGCGGCGGCCGACUGCGGCGAGCAGGGCCGCCGUGACGUGUUUACUAGGAGCCUGGAGGACACGGCGUUUGCGAUCCUCUGGAUCUUCGAGAGCUGUGCGGUCAACAUGGGCGGCACCGUGCUGUCGGCCGAGGUCUCGCGCACCAUCUCGCGCACCACGCUGGUCGGUGCGCUCUGGGGCGCCGUGAGGCUGGCCACGGCGGCCGAGUUUGGAGACCUGCUCAAAGCCGAGACCCACGCCGAGACCUUUGGCGACAAGCUGGAGCGUAUCAUCAAGCGGCUGGACGAGGAGGGUGUUCUGGGCUUUGGUGACCUGCGCAUGGUCCUGGCCAACAUGCGGGCUGGUGUUGCCCUCCCUGAGCAGGGCCCUGCGCUGCCCAUUGACCCUCGUCUGAAGUAA